AUGGAUCAGGCAAUAGUUAUCGAUGAUGAUGUUGCUGUUGUCAUUAUUGAAGAUGACGACAGAGAUGAGGUGGUGGUUCUGGAACGAGCUCCCAGUAUAUCCCCAACACACUUUUCAAACGCCGACAUCAUAAAUCGAGCUUCAAGUCCAAAUACCAGAGAACAUCUCACAGGAUCAACCCUUAGAUCCCAAUUCGAUAACUCUCCUGCACCUGACCAUUCAGCUUAUUUUCCUUUCAUUGACUUGACGACUCCUGUGGUCUUCAGUGCCACGAAACCCAAAGAGAGCAAUAGCCCUGGAGAUAAAGUUCGCAGUCUCUCAACUAGUCUUCCAAGCUUCAUACUCCAAUACGAGGGGUACGAGUCGUCAAGGCCCUCGAAUAUCGCUGCUGAAGCAACAGCCGAUCAGGAAACAUCACAAGAUCGCAUUCGUCUCUCAAGACAAUCGGGUACAAAAGAAGGCUCUUCCAGCUCUCGCAGCGAAAUGGUUGCCAAUUCUCGGAACAUGUCUCAUACUCAUUCUAUACCUCAGCAUCGGUCUUCCAAUGCAAGUUUGAUCUCGAUUUCAGAUGAAGGGGACGGAGACGAAGAGAAAACGUCUACCGCCCAAGACAUGAACUCGCACACAGAUAACAACGCCGUUAUAAUCGAAGACAGCGAUGACUUCGAAUUCAAGCUCGAAUCCCAACUCCUAGAGAAACCCGAGUUCGAGUUCUUGCGCGCUGUUAGUGUGAGUGAAAAGUCGAAACCCCAGCCGAAACUCAAAGUCGUUCCAUUACGCAAUCCUCCAAUUACCAGUCCUUAUUUUGAAUGCGAAACGUAUUUGCACGGAAAGCUUAUCUUAAGACCGGCGAAAACUGUAGAGCUGGAGGAUGGCGAUUUUAUUUGCAUUAAGCACAUUGUGAAGUACGUCAAGCCUGAAGACAUUCGUGACCUUAGUCUUGACAAUACUCAAAAUGCUUUCAUCACUAUUCGGGGAUUCCGAUUACAAAGAUGCAAGUAUCUCAACGGCAUGCUGGAAAAGAAGAUGAAUGAAGUUUGUCUAUGUUACGAAAUUGACUUAGAUGAUCCACGGCCACCAGAAGAGCAGAGUCUUGUCGAAGUACCUUUGAGCUCUGUGAAAACUCUACGUAGUCUUCGUUGGACAAAUCAUAACUACCCAAAGUAUCGCAACCUGAAUCGUGAUGCUACCUGGACUGAUGGAGACACAUACAACAAAGGGGGGCUUACUGUGCGCUGGAAAUACACUUGCAAAUAUGCAUCAGCUUCAGCUAGAGAAAAGAACAUAUAUGCAGAGAGAACUCUAGAACGGAUCACGGAGGAAUGGUUGUCAUCAGUACAUCAAAGCUCGCAAUCAUAUCUGGCCUCAAACACCCAACUUCGGACCGAAUGGCGCGGAGAAACGGUUCCUGGUGGUACUUAUAUACCAGAAUGCUAUGAUAUUGAUGGAGAAGAAACAGCAGGCGAAGCUCAACAAGCUCGAAAUCCUGCCGUGGUCGAGGAUACGGAAAGUCUUUCAGAAAAAUUCAUAAUCGUCGACGAGGAUAGCGAUGACGAUUGUGCUUCUUCACCUGCCAGAUCCCAACAAUAUGAGGCAGGUGGAAUUCAAACCAAACGCAAGUCAGAUUUCUCGUCCUCUUCAGAUCGAGAUAGCGACCAAGAAGACAACAAACCAGCGAAAAGAGCCCGCCAAGUUCCCGAGGACGAUAUCGAACAAAUUAGGAAGCGUUUAGGUCGGAUUAAGCUUGCGUUCAACGGUAAAGAAUAUGUCAAGCACUCUUACAACAUCGGGACAUCAUCAGAGACGGUUCCAAAAAGUGAACCCGAAAGCAAGUUGACCUCUACAAAAGAAAUUCGUGACACGGGAAGACUAGCUAGAGGCUCUCGAUCCAACAGAGGUGUUCGACCAAGAUUGAGGGGUCGCUUGAUCUUACCGAGAAGAAUUGCCCUUAACACUCGAGGUCCCUAUCCUAAGGCUAGUAUUCCACUGCCCUCCUCCCCAGCUCCAUCUCCAAAAAUUCCUCCUCAAAUCGAGAUUUCUUCAUCCGAGUUAGCCUCUCCACCACCUAGCGGAAUUGUCGACCUAUCAUCUCACCAAUCUCGAUCUUCCUCGUUAGUUUCGGUGCACAGCUCAAGACCGCCCUCAUUGAAAGAGCCACUCGCCCUGGCUCCUGGACAAACCUUUACUUACGGCGAUGCCUUCUGUGGAGCAGGCGGUACCACACGUGGUGCAGUCAUGGCAGGUCUCCGCGUAAAAUGGGGAUUCGACUUCGAUCAGCACGCCUGCACAACAUGGCGUCUCAAUUUUCCCGGCGCAACUUGCUACGAGAUGUCAUCAGAACGCUUCGUUUCUCUAGCUACUCCUUCUCCAUGUUCUUCAGACAUCCCUAAUGACGUCAAAGUUGAUAUUCUUCAUCUUUCACCUCCGUGUCAAUAUUUUUCACCUGCACAUACAGUCGAGGGAAAGAAUGAUGAGAUGAAUACUGCGAGUUUGUUUGCUGUGGCUGCGGUAAUCAAAGUUGCGAAACCCAGGGUUGUAACGUUGGAACAGACGUUUGGGAUUUUGUAUCCGAGGUUUAGAGGAUAUUUUUCGAGUUUGAUUUGUAUGUUUACUAGUUGUGGGUUUUCGUUGAGGUGGGCCAUCGUGCCUUUGGCUCAAUGGGGGCUUCCGCAAAGACGAUUCCGUUUGAUUAUUAUCGCAUCAUGCCCAGGCGAGCCCCUUCCCCCCAUGCCACCACCAACGCACUCCCCACCCCACCCACCUCCCUCUUCUCUCCACAAACCCCGGCCUUUCAAAACCGUCUCCCAAACUCUCCGCGAAAUUCCCGAAUCGGCAGCAAACCACUCACCCCACCUGCUUCCAGAAAAAUAUCUCAAACCAUAUAAUGCCCACGCGAUUCUUCCACGCACAAUGACGACCAGUGGUGGUGAUAACUGGCAUCCGAGCGGAAAACGAGGAUUUACUGAUCGAGAAUUCGCUUGUUUACAAGGGUUUCCGUUAGAGCAUAAGUUCGGACAGAAUGGGAUUAAAAGACAAAUUGGGAAUGCAGUGCCGCCGGUUGUGGCAAAGGUGUUGUUUGAGGGGAUUAGAAGGUUUAUGGAGGGGACAGAUGGGGUUGUGAGGGAUGAGGGGGAUGGAGAUGGAGAUGGGGAUGAGAACCGGGAUGGGGAUGGGAAUGGGGAGGUGGACGAUAAGAUGGAUAUUUGCGAAGACAUCGACAUGGACAGAGUGCACAUUGAUGAUAGUGAUCAUCAAAUAGAGGUCGUGGAUCUUAUUGACGAAGCGGACGAUACGGAUUCAGAAACAAAAGCUAGGAGUGUGUUAAGCGAAGAAAGUGAUGACGAGAUAUUGUUGGGGUCGCAGAAGUGGGAAAGCAUAUUGUUAUUGAUUAGGUAA